AUGGAACAACAAACCAUUUCCAUUUCAAAAGCUGGAAUAAACGCGUCUCUUAAUGCUCGUUGUGCCGUUAUUGCGGCGGCAAAUCCUAUUCGAGGCCGAUACAAUACAUCGAUAUCAUUUUCACAAAACGUGGAUUUGACGGAGCCUAUCCUGUCUCGAUUCGACGUUCUUUGUGUUGUUAAAGAUACCGUCGAUCCUUUUGCGGAUGAAAUACUUGCAAGUUUUGUAGUCAAUAGUCACAUUCGUAGUCAUCCCGAGGAAUCGCACUCUGAAGAUUUGAUGACUUCACAAGACCAAAAUCUCAUCCCACAAGAACUCUUACGCAAAUAUGUCCUAUAUGCAAAACAAAUAUCACCUCAACUUACUAAUCUUGAUGAAGCAAUGAUUUCGGAGCUUUACUCAAAUCUAAGAAGAGAGGCCCAAAGCGGCGGUAUUCCAAUCACAGUUCGUUACCUGGAAUCCAUGUUACGUUUAGCCGAAGCGCAUGCCAGGAUGCACCUUCGAGACUAUACGGAUACGAAUGAUUUGGACGUUGCGAUUGACGUG